AUGGCCAACCUAGAAAAGGACCUCAAGACGAAUCCGCCGUGCCAUCCCCGAGCAUGCGCCAUACAAGAUUGCCUGCAGAAGUCGGGCUACAAGGAAGAGAAGUGCCAGCAACAGAUUGACGCGCUGUACGAGUGCUGCAACGCGUUCUACCAGAGAAACGGCGAUGACGCAAGCUGCGUGAGCUGCCCGAAAGCUUCUCUUCUAAGGUUGAAGAUGAAGCAACGUAGCGAAGGCAGGUAG